GCCGCAUCGACAUCAACAUUCAACACCAACAUUCAUCCGAACGACAACGACAACGACACCGACGCCGACGCAGACAACAAUUACAUUUACACAUUAACCACGGCAUUAUCAGGGCGCAUUUAUCACAUCCACCACAUGCUAAAAUGACAUCCAUAUCCGGUUCUAGGCCCUCGCGGCGCGCUGCUGCUGCCCGCAAGAGUUUUGUUGUCGACGAGACCUCUGAAGACGAUGUCGCCUCCACAGGCCGUGCUACCCCCACCCUAUCAAGCCAUGACGAGCAAGAACAGGAAGAUGAGGAGGAAUACACCCCGGUUCCAAAGCGCCCAGUCGCGAAGAGGCCCUCGAGAAGGCGAACCACUGCCAGCCUUUCCUCCGAAACCCCGCAAACAGCUGUUCAGGACAAGAGCAAACGAACACGGCGGCCAAGAACGGGAGAUGAUAUGGAGCAGUCACAAAUUUUGGACACGGUGGAUGAGUCCACUCUGCUAGCAGAAAACCCAGAGACGCCAUCCAAAAGGCCGUCGGCACCUAGAAAACGUAGAGAGCCCUCGCAGCAGCGUCGAAGGCGCGAAAGUCGUAUGUCCUCUUCCGCAUCCGCACUGUCAUCCCUUCCAACUCCUGAGCCUUCAGCUUCUCCAGAGCCCCAGCCACAGCGCCAACCUCAACCUCAGCCUCAGCCUCAGCCUCAACCCGAGCUACACCCACCUUCCCGCUGCCAGAGCAGCGCACCGCUGGCGGACAUCACCGAAAAUACUGUCAACGAGGCUACGCCAAGAGCCCAACCAGAGAAGGAGAUAUCUACGAUUGAAAUGAUAAAUCCAAUGUCCACGAACCUGGAGAAGCCAAUGGAUAUAGUUCUAAAGUCUCGAUCGCUUGCUAUGCCUACGGUUGAGGAGCCGUCAGCUCCCAAACCACGAAUGGUCAUCACACACCUUGUUAUGACAAAUUUUAAAAGCUAUGCGGGGCGCCAGGUCGUGGGCCCGUUUCACGUUUCGUUCUCCUCGGUUGUGGGGCCGAAUGGAUCUGGGAAGUCUAACGUUAUCGACUCGCUUCUCUUCGUGUUUGGUUUCAGAGCGAGCAAAAUGCGACAGGGGAAGAUCUCUGCGCUUAUACAUAAUUCUGCGAACUUUCCCGAUCUACAAUUUUGUGAGGUUGAGGUGCACUUCCAAGAAAUUUUGGAUCUGCCCGAAGGAGGACACGAAGUUGUGCCGGAGUCGCAGCUUAUCGUGUCGCGGAGAGCGUUCAAAAACAAUUCUAGCAAAUACUACAUGAACAAGAAGGAGACUAACUUCACAACUGUUACGGGAUUUUUGAAAGGCCGGGGGAUUGAUCUUGACCAUAAACGGUUUCUGAUCCUGCAGGGAGAGGUUGAGUCCAUUGCUCAAAUGAAACCGAAGGCCGCUAACGAACAUGAUGACGGCCUGCUGGAGUACUUGGAGGAUAUUAUUGGAACGUCCAAGUAUAAAGCCCCUAUCGAAGAGGCAGCUGCUGAAGUAGAAACUUUGAAUGAAGUCUGUCUUGAGAAAAACAACCGCGUUCAGCACGUGGAAAAGGAAAAGCACAGCCUUGAGGAUAAGAAGAACAAAGCGAUUGCCUACAUCAAGGACGAAAAUGAACUGGCUGAGAAACAGUCGGCCCUCUAUCAAAUCUACAUCAACGAAUGCGAUGACAAUACACGGGUGACCGAAGAGGCGAUACUUCAGAUGCAAGAACUGCUGAAUAUGGAGUUGGAGAACCAUCAGGGCAGCGAAGAUGCCAUCAAACAACUGCAGCGAUCCUACAGACGCGGCGCGAAGGAGUAUGAGGCAAUGGAGAAAGCCACGCAGGCGAUGGUUAAAGAGAUGGCUAAGUAUGAUAAGGAGUCUGUCAAGUUCGAAGAAAAGCGGAAGUUUUUGUUAGGGAAGCAGAAGAAGCUUGAAAAGGCUAUGCAAGCAAGCCGUCUGGCUGCCUCUGAGUGCGCAAGUCUGGUUGAGAAACACGCGGACGAUAUUGAAAGGAAAACAGCUGAAAUCGCAGGGUUGGAGAAGGAGAUGAGGCACGAGGAGAAAGAGCUUGCGGCUAUCCGAGAAGGACUCAAGGGUAAAACACAGGGCCUUUCGGACCAAAUCGCCGUUAAGCAGAAGUCACUUGAACCUUGGAAUGAAAAGAUCAACAAAAAGCAAUCAGCUGUUGCCGUCGCGCAGAGCGAGCUUGAUAUUCUUCGCGAGAAAAGUAAUGCAGGUGCCGUUGCUCUUGAAGAAGCAAACGCGAAGAUCCAGUCCAUCCAAGCUACAAUUUCCAAUAAGACGACGGACAUGGAAAACCGCCGAGCGGAGAAAGUGGAACUUGAAAAUGAAACUACGCUUCUUGAAACUGAGCUAAGAAAGUUUGGACAAAAGGAGCCGGAGAUUCGGUCAAGGAUAUCCAGCGCGCGCCAAAAGGCGGACGAAGCUCGAGCGAGCCUUGCCAGUACGCAAAAUCAGGGCAACGUUCUUGCAGGCUUGAUGCGGUUAAAAGAAUCCGGACGUAUUGAAGGGUUUCAUGGAAGACUGGGUAAUUUGGGGACAAUUGAUGAAAAGUAUGAUGUCGCCAUUUCAACAGCCUGUCCAGCCCUUGAGAACCUAGUGGUAGAUUCCGUUGAAGUGGGCCAGCAAUGUAUCGACUAUCUACGCAAGAACAACCUAGGAAGAGCCAACUUUAUACUUCUCGACCGACUGCCCCAGCGAGACAUGUCCUCCGUCUUUACACCCGACAGUGUGCCACGAUUAUUCGAUCUUGUCAAGCCAAUAGACCCUAAGUUUCGACCAGCAUUUUAUAGUGUUUUACAAAAUACGCUUGUCGCCAAAGACCUUGAACAUGCUAACAAAAUCGCUUACGGUGCGAGAAGAUGGCGUGUUGUUACAUUGGACGGACAACUCAUUGAUGUGUCGGGCACUAUGAGUGGUGGUGGCACCCGUGUUGCCAGGGGUGGGAUGUCUUCAAAACCCGUUGCGGAAGUUUCAAAGGAGCAGGUCAUGAAGCUAGAAGCUGAUCGUGAUGAGAUUGAGAGGAAGUUUCAAGCUUUCCAGGACAAGCAGCGGCAAAUUGAAACGUCGAUAAAAGCGAGGAGGGAUGAGAUUCCGAAACUGGAGACUAUGAUUCAAAGAAUUCAGCUUGAAAUCGAGAGUUCCAACCGGAAUUUGGCAGAUGCCCAGCGGCGCGUUCAGGAACUGUCGGUGGAACUUAAACCUUCGAAGAGUGAUGAUACCAGAUCUGCCGAGCUUCAGAAACACAUAUCGUCCUUGCAGAAAGAAAUUGAGACGCUUCAUGCCGAAACUGCAGGAGUUGAGGAGGAGAUCCAAGUCCUCCAGAACAAGAUCAUGGAGAUUGGAGGUGUCAGACUCCGGGGUCAAAAGGCCAAGGUCGAUGGUCUUAAGGAACAGAUUGAUCUUCUCACUGAGGAAGUGUCCAAUGCUGAAGUUUCCAAGUCUAAGAACGACAAGCUGCGCAUCAAGCAUGAAAAGUCCCGUGCCGAUGCGGCGGGUGAACUUGAGCAGGUGAAGGGAGACCUUGAGAAAUUGGCCAAGGACAUUGCGAGUCAGGACAAUGAUGUUUAUGGGACCAGACAAAAGACGGAGGAGGCUCAGGAGGCUUUGAAAACCAAACAAGAGGAACUCGCCUCAUUGAAGGCGGAGUUGGACGAGAAGGUAGCUGAGUUGAACGAAACUCGUGCAUCUGAAAUCGAAAUGAAGAAUAAACUCGAAGAGAAUCAAAAGGUUCUCGCCGAAAAUCAAAAACGGGGUCGAUACUGGCUAGAGAAACUAGCCAAGCUAUCUCUUCAGAAUAUCAGUGACCUGGGCGAAGAACAGGAAGCUCAGAGCCUCCCAACAUACACCAAGGAUGAGCUCGCCGAUAUGAGCAAAGAGUCACUCAAAGCCGCCAUCGCUGCGCUGGAGGAAAAGACACAAAACGCCUCCGUUGACCUCUCUGUCCUAGGUGAAUACCGCCGCCGUGUCGCUGAGCAUGAGUCACGCUCCGCCGACCUAGCCACCGCACUCGCAAACCGAGACAGUGCGAAGUCACGCCUCGACACUCUCCGCUCCCUCCGCCUAACAGGUUUUAUGGAAGGGUUCAGCACUAUCUCGCUCCGGCUGAAGGAGAUGUACCAAAUGAUUACGAUGGGUGGAAACGCUGAGCUGGAGCUUGUGGAUUCCCUUGAUCCUUUCUCGGAGGGUAUUCUAUUCUCGGUCAUGCCUCCUAAGAAGAGUUGGAAGAACAUUGGUAAUUUGUCCGGGGGUGAGAAAACAUUAUCGAGUCUUGCGCUUGUGUUUGCGUUGCAUCAUUACCGGCCGACGCCAUUAUACGUUAUGGAUGAGAUUGAUGCGGCGUUGGAUUUUAGGAAUGUCUCCAUUGUUGCCUCAUAUAUCAAAGAGCGAACGAAGAAUGCCCAGUUCAUCGUUAUCUCUUUGCGAAAUAACAUGUUCGAGCUUGCCUCUCGACUCGUCGGCGUCUAUAAGGUUAACCACAUGACUAAGAGCGUUACCGUGGAGAAUAAAGAUUACAUCGCUAUGGCGAGUUAAGAGAGAGUGUGAGAAGUGUGGGAUGGUUGGUGUACAUUUUUUUUCGGAUGGGCUUUUUUGUGUCUAUGAGAUUUUUGCCUCUAUGCCAGAUAUAUUGUUUGUAGUUUGCUGUUUUGCGGUUGCAUUGGCUGGACAUGAUUGCGUUUAUAUAUGACAUGAGAAGGUGCAGGGCAGGAUAUGCCUGGAUAGGGGAGCUGGGUUUUUCUUCUUUUAUGAUGGAGCCUUUGGAAUUAGAUUACCUGGUCGAAGUAGAUUUUCUAUCUUGUCUUGUCCUUUCCAGGGGGCAAGGGAGUGACGACGUGCCUUUUUCCUUUUUUCUCUCGGGGAUAUUAGGUGUUUUGUUUACUUGGGUGUUGGAGUCGUGGCCAUUGAUUCGUUUUUGUAUUUCUUCACGAUGCUACUAUAUAUAUAUACAUAUAUCUCCGCCGCCUUGUGCGGAAAUGACAGGUGGAAGUUUUUAAUGAUGGGUUAGAAGAUGGAAUGUUCCCAGCCUUAUUAUUUGCUUCUGGUUCUGCCAAGUCCCAACAACGGUCUUCCCCCUAUGCACUUAUUAAGUAUCCAGCUGUCCUAAAUUGGAUCUGCAAAGCUGCCCCAGAAUUUCUCGUGUUUGGGACCAGGACGAUGCAAGAGUCGGUUGGUUCUCCUAGAGUUCCUUGCUUUACCCGUUGUGGAGUUCAAGCUUUGGAUACUUA